CCUUACUACUAAAGAUUCAUUCGUAUUGUGGAAUCACUACAAAAAAAAAUCUUAUUUUGCGGCGGUUUAAUUGGGGGGUCACUAUUAACCUUCGAAAAUUAUAUCGAAUUGCGGGGGUUUGUGUAACCCCUUAAUUUUAUUACAAUUGACCCCCGCUAACGUUUAAAAAAAAGUUAAGCGCGGGACGUUUAAUAUUUUCGCACCAGUUUUUAAUGUUUCACUCAUUUUGUCCGCUAAAAUUGGUCCAUUUUAAUGUUUCACUCAUUUUGUCCGCUAAAAUUGGUCCACCCUCAAUUAUUCCCUCAAAAGCCCUAAUCAAUCUCCCUCACUUUGGUAAAUUAGCUCCAACUCAAUUGAGAAGAAUCCAAUUAACUCUGUACAACACCAAACUCAAGUUGCCGGAACGAUCUUUUGCGUGCAUGUUUUCUUAUUUUCUUGUUUUCUAAGUUUGUAAAUGGUGCUAGUUUUUAGCUUGAUGUUAUUAUAUAAAUGGUGCUAGUUUUUAGCUUGAUGUUAAUUUUUUCAGCAGGGUUUGUUUAAUUUUGUUGUUUUUAACGAACUUAUACUUGAAAUAAUGAUAAUUUAGCUAUGAAAUGCUCAUUUUCUUUUUGACCCGACCCGUUUAAUUUCUUAUGUUUUAUGGGUUUCCUCAGCUUUGGACUUGACAGUACCUUUCUUUCUAUGCUUGCCGCCAUAGGGUCUUGCACAACAGUGAGUUAUUUUCAUGGAGUGGCUUUGUCUGUCCAUUUAUGUUGAGGUUUCCCUAGUUCAGGCUUUCAUGAGUACCAACAUUUUGUCCUAAAAAAGUUUUCUUCACUAGUAAAUUUUGUAUUCUACUGUUUUAAGUUUAAUUUCUAGUGGAGAUGCUCAUUUUCUGCAAUGAUCCAACUGGUGAGAUUCUUUGCCGUUGACGGUUAUGGACUUAUGAUAUCCGACAAACUAUUGUAGACACGUGAUUUUUGAUCCUUGCUAAAUUUUAACUUGUCUAUUAAUAUUAAAUAUUUAUAUUUAUAUUUAAUCAUAUAUUUUUUUUAUUUUUUUAUAUAUAUUUUUAUUUUAAUUUUAAAAAUAAUAUAAAAAUAAAAAUAUACGUUUUCUUUUAUAAAUUUUAAUAAAUAAAUUGAUAGUUUUAAUGUUAUUUUAUUAUAUUAAUUUUUGUCUAUUUAUAAAUUGUUAGUGUUUUAUUAAAUAUAAAAUUAAUUAUUAUUUUAUUAUUAAAUUAUUUUUGAAUUUUGAACUUCCUUAUCUGUUAAAAAACCAUCCCCCCCCCCCCACAAAGAUAACUACUCCCCCAAAAAUUUCUGUAUUUAAAUGAUUCCUCCAGAGAAACAACGUAGAGACAUAUGAUCAGACAGUAUCAGAAAACACAAAAAAAAACAGAGAAAAAUAAUUCACAAAAAAUAAAAAUAAAAAAAGAGUGAAAAGAAGAAAAUUGAAGCUGAAGUUUCGUUCCAAAUUUUCGAUGACGAAUUUCAUUGUUCAGUCUAAAUCAUUCAGAUUCUUGAAACAAAGUCCAACUCACGAUUUUCUCAUUUAUAUAAGAAGGUCCUAGCUCUUUCUCUCAGAAUGUUAGGUCAUUUCAAAUCUUUUGUGAGGAACAAAUCAAAGGCUGAAGGUUCCAUAGCUGAAGGUUACAUGGUUGAAGAAGCUUUAACUUUUUGUUCCCAUUAUUUUGAGGAUAUUGAGUCAAGGGUAAAUAGGCCUAAACGUGUAAACGAUGAAUCAUAUCAAAAUAAGGCUUCUAACCGAUCAUCUAUGUUCCCUCGACAAGGUAAAUCAAUUGGGGCACCUUCAACAUUUCUCUUGACCGUCUUAGAGAAGAGUCAAGCUCAUCGAUAUGUGUUACUUAAUUGUGUAGCAGUGCAACUAUUUAUAAAUGAAUUUAAGGAUCACAUAAGAAGAAGUUCAAGAGGUCGAAGACCUUCAACAACAGAGGUGGAGAAGAGAGUUAAUAAGGAGUUUGCUGAUUGGUUUCCAAAAAGAAUUAUGAAUCCAGAUAUCGCAGACACAAUCUCUACUGAUCUACAGUUCUUAGCCCGAGGUCCAAGCCUAAGUGCAAGAAGGUUCAGUGCUUAUAACAUCAAUGGAUUCAAAUUUUGGACUUUGUCCAGAGAACAAGGACUGAAAACUCAAAACUAUGGAGUUUUUCUUACAUUUGACACCUCCUAUAUUUUAUUUAAUGCUGAUAGAAAUGCAAGGCAAGCAGAGUUGCCUUAUUAUGGAAAGUUGGAAGAUAUUAUAAAGCUUAAUUAUUAUAGUCAGUUUAGAUUUGUGCUCUUCAAAUGUCAGUGGGCUGAUACUACUCGCGAUAGAGGGUUCAAAAAAGAUGUUUGGAAUUUUAAUUGUGUCAACUUUUCUAAGUUGAUUCAAAGUGGUGAUCGUGAGGAUCAUGAUCCUUAUAUUGAAGUGUCUCAAGCAAAUUUGGUCUAUUAUGUUGCUGAUGAAACUGAUAAAGGGUGGAGUGUAGCUUUAAAUUUAAAGCCAAGAGAUCUUUUUGACAUGGGUGAAAAUGAUGAAGAAGAAAUAUAUGAGAAUGAGUCAUACCAGCAACAAGAAUAUAAACGUUUUUUUGAUAAUAAUUAUGAAAAUAUUCAAAUUGCAAUAGAGAAAAUAUGUCUUAUAGGAAUUAAGUUAUUUUAUUUGAUAUGAAAAUGUUUAAUUUUGAUGAA